GGUUGGGUGUAACAGGGACUUCUGAAUCCACCUGUGCAUCACGUCGCUUGCAGUUGUGUUCCUGCUACAGCAAAUUCAGCCGUUUCUUCAUUACAACAGAGACAAUUCUGCAAAGAGAGAAAAUGAAGAUCGACUGGAAAUACAGCUAUCCAAACUCAGGUUUUAUUGAACUCGACCUGCACAGUGAGACCAACAACAACCAGCAUCGCACCAAUGAGAUCUCAGUGGAGGAGCUGAUAGUGAGACGAGGCCAAGCCUUCCAGCUAACCCUCCGACUGGCACAGCCGUUCAGACCCGCCUCUGACCAGCUCACCAUGACCGUCGUGACAGGAGAACUCCCGUCUGAAAACCUGGGGACAAUGUCGCGGUUUGGCGUCCCAGACAAAGUCCAACGUUCUGGUUCUGCCAAGGCGGUUUGGAGAGCGGAGCUUCAGCGGAGCUCCAGUCCUGAAAGGGGAGUGUUGGUGUUGGCCAUCACGCCUCCAGCUGCUUGUCCAGUGGGGGAAUACAAGAUGUCUGCCAAACUGGGGGAGGAGGAGAGGGAUCUGGCAACCCUUUCUGUGCUUUUCAACCCCUGGUGUCCUGAGGAUUGGGUUUUUCUGCCAAAUGAGGCUGAGAGGCAAGAGUACGUGAUGAAUGAACACGGCAUAAUCUACAAAGGAGUCGGUAAUUACAUUUCUCCAACUCACUGGGACUUCGGACAGUUUGAAGAGGAUAUGGUGAAGAUUUGCAUGAAAGUUCUCGACUACAACGUCAAACACAAGAAAGACCCAGCUGACGACGUUUCCGCUCGCUGUAACCCGAUCUACGUCAGCCGUGUCGUCACAUCCUUGAUUAACAGUGAAAAUGGGGGCGGCAUCCUGAAGGGCCAAUGGGGAAUGGACUUCAGAGGCGGGGUCCCGCCCACUCACUGGAGCGGCAGCUACGCCAUCCUUAAGAAAUGGUCCAACUCCGUCUUCAGCUCUGUGAAGUACGGACAGUGCUGGGUCUAUGCCGGUGUCAUGUGUUCAGUGAUGCGUCUGCUGGGGAUUCCCUGCCGCGUCGUCACCAACUACGAAUCGGCUCACGACACCAACAAGAACCUGACCGUCGACACGUACUACGCUGAUUACGGAGUGAGAGAGAAAGACUCCAAAGACAGCGUCUGGAAUUAUCACGUCUGGGUCGAGGGCUGGAUGAAGCGACCCGACCUUUCGAAAGACGGUAAAUAUGACGGCUGGCAGGUUUUGGACCCAACUCCACAGGAAAAGAGCGACGGUAUGUUCUGCUGCGGCCCGGCUUCAGUCUCAGCCAUCCGGAACGGAGACACUCACCUCAAAUACGACGUCCCGUUCGUCUUCGCCGAGGUUAACGCUGACUGCAUAACCUGGCUGGUCAAACGUGACGGCUCCAUGGUAAACAUUGAUACAGACAAUAUCAAAAUCGGGCAAAACAUUUCAACCAAGGCGGUCGGCACCAACGACAGGAUGAACAUCACAGACAGCUACAAGCAGAAAGAAGGAACACAACAGGAGAGAAGCGUCUUCCAGUACGCCCUCACCAGGCUGGAGAACGAAGGAGGCGGAGAAACUUGUGUUGGUGAUGAGAAACUUGGAAAUGGGACAGACAUGAAUAAUGGAUCCAAUGAAAAUGCUACAAACAAUCAAAUAUGCAGCCCAACGCCGCCACCACAACUCUUCAUUCGAUUUGAAGAGGUGUCCAAGCCGGUGGAUGGUGAGGAUGUGAGUCUGAAGCUGAUUCUGAACAGCGACAGCAGCGCCACCAGGAGGCUCUCCAUCAACGUUGCCGUCCAGGCCAUGAGGUUCACCGGGCAGCCGGCCGGGAACAUCCUCACCAAGGCGCUGGAGCAGGAGCUGCUGCCCGGCAAAGAUCUGAUCGUCCCCAUCCUGAUCCCGUUCUUAACUUACCACAAACACAUGAUUGGAUGUGAGAGCAUGAACAUUUCGGCUAUAAUCACCGACCAACGGAAGGAAAAUCACACGUUUCUGGCAGAAACCCGCAUUGCGCUGAUGAAGCCCCCGAUCUCCAUCACCGUGUUUGGUGAAGGCAGAGUGAACAGGGAACUGACAGCUGAGGUGCUUUUCCAGAAUCCGGUGAAGGAGAUACUGAGGGACUGCAGUCUGACCCUGACAGGAAGUGGCCUCUUUAAUGGAGAACUCAUCAACAGACUCCCAGAUCUGCUGCCAAACAACAGAGUCCGUGUGAAGUUUCAUUUCGUUCCCUAUAAGAGCGGAGAGAGGACCCUUCUAGUCGACUUUGACUGCGCCUCCUUCAGAGACAUCAAGAAAAGCUGCACAAUCAUCGUCAAACCUUAAAUUUCUCUCAUCCACUUCCUUCGUCCUUUAAAGCAAGAUGGCUGAUGCAAGCAUUAAUACAUUUACCGAUAAUAAUGAUUUGAUGUGUUUUGUUUAAAGUGAGAAUAAAGUGUGUAAAAUCUA